AAUAUUAAUUAUCGUAAGAAUUAACUAUUUUUUACCGGAAGUCAUUCAGCAACCAUGCCCUCCAUAGACGACUCAAAACCAAUUAGUUGGGCUGAACAAGUUGAACAGGUGGAGGAUGGAGUUCUUCCUCCAUCAUCAGAGCAGUAUGAUGAAGAAAAGGGCAUUAAAGUUGUCACAGAAUUCAAGUAUAACGAGGAAAACAAAAUGGUCAAGGUCAUUAAAACAUACAGAGUAGAAAAGAGAAAGGUGCCCAAAAGCAUAGCAAAGAGAAAGACAUGGAGGAAAUUCGGAGCCGCAGAGAGAGAUCCACCUGGUCCAAAUCCAGCUAAUACUAUUGUUCAAGUGGAGGAAAUCAACAUGCAGUUUAUUCACAACAAGGAGGAAGUACAAGAACAAGAAGAUGACCCAUUACUGAAGUUGAAGAGCCAAAAACUGGUAUCCUGUCGUAUCUGUAAAGGCGAUCACUGGACUACAAAAUGUCCCUACAAGGACACUCUUGGACCUCUUCAGGAGAAGCUCCAAGAUGGAGAGAAGCCGCCUGUUGGAGAUGCACCAGGACCACCAACAAGUCAAGGACCUACUGCCCCUGCCCCCACCAAGACAUCUGGCAAAUAUGUGCCCCCGAGUCUCCGAGAUGGGGUCAACAAAGGCCGCGGGGAAACCAUGUCCUCUAAAAGGGAUGAGUCGGCCACCAUCCGUGUUACCAACCUGUCUGAAGAUACUAGAGAGUCCGACCUGCAGGAAUUGUUCCGACCAUUUGGACCCAUUCAGAGAAUCUACUUGGCAAAAGAUAAAAAUACUGGCCAGUCUAAGGGAUUUGCCUUUAUCAACUUCCACAGAAGGGAAGAUGCUGCAAGAGCUAUUGCUGGUGUGUCUGGUUUUGGAUAUGAUCAUCUCAUUCUUAAUGUGGAAUGGGCCAAACCCUCUGGCACCAGCUAACUUUUCAACACCAUCAUAUUUAUUGCGACACUGAAGUCAGACUGGCUUAUUUCUUGGUGGAUAUCUCAAUAAUAUACAUUCAAUAUUGUUUCAUUAUCUAUGAUAAGUAAAUGUGUAAGACUG